UAUGUAGCAGUAGCUGGUGAUCAAGGACUCCGGCAACACAUGUCCAAGAAGAUCCAAGAAGAUCCAAGCCACAAUUAUUCAUGCUUCCUGUGGUAAUCACCUUACACCCCUCGAACUUACUUUCCGGCGGCAUCCCAAAAUAACCCAAUAAGGUCCCAUCAAGCUCUCCUGGGAUGCGGCCCGGGAACCGUUGAACCGCCGCGUACUCGCCGUCCGCCGUCCAAGUUGACCCUCCUUUGACUGCCGUGGCAGCGCUCGCAAAUUUUAUUCGACUCUGGGCAUCAGAAAAUGCUGGGUCGAGCUGGGCUGGCCGUCUGGGCCCGCAACGGUUCAUGCUGGGUGGCACGGCAUUCCGACUGGACUUGCAGAGCCGUAGCUCCCUCGCUCGUGGGCCGAUGGCCGGCGCCCAUUUGGCGAGUAAGCUUGGAGCGCGCCAAAGGUCACUCCAAAUGGCAAAAUAUCCGACACAUCAAGGGCGCCAAUGACGCCCUUCGUGCCCGUUUGUUCAACUUGUACUCUAGCCGCAUUAUCAUGGCCAUCCGCGCCCAGGGCGGACAAACCAAUCCCGAGUUGAAUCGGGCCCUCAAGCGGGCUUUGGAAGAGGCGCGCGCCCAUGACAUGCCUAAAGCCACCAUUGACAAGGCUGUGGCCGCCGCUUCCGAUAAAAACAUGGCCCAACUGGUCGAGAGCUGGCACGAAGUGCGGGGUCCGGGCCGCGCCGCCCUCUUGAUCCAGUGUCUGGCCAAGAACAAACGAAUCGCCGAAUCGGCCGUCCAAGGCGUCCUUCGAAAACGCGGUGGGGCCUUUGAAACCGGAUUGACGGCCAUGUUCGACCAUGUGGGGGAGGUAACGGUUCAAGUUCCGGUCCAAUCUGAUUGGGACUUGAAUCGGGCCGAGGACUUGGCCAUCGAAUGCUCGGCCGAGGACGUGACUGAGCUGACGGCCGCUCAGGACGAUCCCGACCAUCGGUACUUUAUGUUUGCCUGCCCACCCAAUCAAGUGUCACGUCUCCAAGACGAACUGACCCAACAGGGUCAACGCGUGGUGCACGUCGAGUCUGGUUAUCGGCCUCGGACAUGGUCUAGCCCAUUGUCGCCAUUGAACGCCAAAAUGCUCGAAGUUUUGAUUAGCACGCUGGAAAAAAAUGAAAUCGUCGUCCGCGUCUUUCAUAACGCACCCGAUGACACCGAGUAGGGAGGAGUGAACGCUAGAACCGGCUAGAACCCUCGUUGUGACGAUGGAUUGAAUCCAGACAUCGUCUGUGCUCUUAAAUACAUUCAGGCAUGCCAAAACAUUUUUCAAUUUUGUUCCCUUGUACAGGCGGCCAUAAGCCAUGUGUAAUGAAUUGUUCGAUUGAACAUCCAUGGCGAA